CUAACCAUGAUGGAUAAUGUUUCUGAUAUAACAAUGUUUUUCCUUUCAGGUUUAAAUGAAACAAAUAACCACAGAUUUAUUCUCUUCUUUCUCACUUUACUGUGUUACUGUGUAAUUUUGCUGGUAAAUAUUUCUGUUAUUGUGACCAUCAUCAUGGAUAAUAACCUGCAUGAACCAAUGUAUAUUUUACUGUGUACUUUUUUCAUGAAUUCACUUUAUGGGACAAUAGGUUUCUACCCCAAGUUUCUCUGGGAUCUGCUUUCUCCUGUUCAUGUCAUCUCUUAUUCUGGAUGUCUUGUUCAGGUUCAAGUAAUUGCCUCAUUUGUCUUCACUGAUCUGUCUAUUCUUUCAGUCAUGGCAUAUGACAGAUAUGUGGCUAUAUGUCGACCCCUGGAGUACCACUCUGUCAUGUCAAAGCAAAGGCUCAUUAUUUUAGUCUGUUUCUCUUGGAUGACACCUUUUUGCAUUUCAGGUAUUAAUGUGUUUCUAACAUCUAGAUUAAAGUUAUGCAGCCAACAUAUUGCCAAAAUUUAUUGUAUGAAUUGGAUGAUUGUGAAACUUGCUUGUUUUCCAGCUGAAACUGCAGUUAACAGCAUAGUUGUAUACAUCACAGUUUUCAUUUAUUUAUUUCAUGGUAUAUUCAUAGUUCUGUCCUACAUGUAUCUAAUUAAAACAUGUGCAAAUUCUAUUGAAAACAGGGCAAAGUUCAUGCAAACAUGUGUGCCACAUUUAACCUCCCUACUCAUUUUUCUUGUAAAUAUACUUUCUGAUGUCAUCUUCAUGCGAUUUGGUUCAAAAGAUUUCCCUCAAGCCCUCAAAAACUUUGUUGCAUUAGAAUAUCUUGUCAUACCUCCCUUAUUAAAUCCAUUCAUUUAUGGUUUCAAAUUGUCCAAAAUUCGAAACAGAAUCAUGGUUGUCCUUACUUUAAAAAAAUAA